CGUGACCGAGAUAUGGGGAGACAAAGAGUCAAAGGAACAGAGACACCCAGGGAGAGAAAGACACAGAGAAACAGAGGCAAAGAGACAGAUGCAGACGUAGAGACGGAGGAACAGAGCUACUCAGGGAGAGCAGAGAGACAGCAAAGGACUGGAGAGCCGGAGGACCCACAGAGAGACUCAAGGAGAGACGAGAACACGCAGAACCGUAAGGGAACCUGCGUAGAGGCUGCUCUCCGUCCCCGCAGUCGGGGAGCUCUGGGGGCAGGGAGCCCCCGCCCGGCUCCGGCCCUUUAAAGCCCCCCCAGCCUGCGGCGCCCCCGCCCCAUCAGGCGUCCCGGGCUCCGCCCACCCGCCGCGCGUCAGCGCCGCGUCAGGAGCUGUCCGCACCCCCGGUGCUGAACCAAGAUGGCCGGCGGCGGAGGCCGGGCCCCGGCGUGAGCAGAGCGCGGGCUGCAGCUCCGGCCACGACCCAGCCCAGUGCCCACUGAGCCCGACCCGACAAAGCCGGCCCGCCGGCGACUCCGGAGACAUGUCUCUACUUUGCGUUGGAGUCAAAAAAGCCAAGUUUGAUGGUGCCCAAGAGAAAUUCAACACGUAUGUGACGCUGAAGGUGCAGAAUGUCAAGAGCACGACCAUCGCCGUGCGGGGCAGCCAGCCCAGCUGGGAGCAAGACUUCAUGUUCGAGAUCAACCGCCUAGAUUUGGGACUGACGGUGGAAGUGUGGAACAAGGGUCUCAUCUGGGACACGAUGGUGGGCACCGUGUGGAUCCCCUUACGGACCAUCCGCCAGUCCAAUGAAGAGGGCCCUGGAGAGUGGCUGACGCUGGACUCUCAGGUCAUCAUGGCGGACAGUGAGAUCUGCGGCACCAAGGACCCCACCUUCCACCGCAUCCUCCUUGACACCCGCUUCGAGCUCCCCUUAGACAUUCCUGAGGAGGAGGCGCGCUAUUGGGCCAAGAAGCUGGAGCAGCUGAACGCCCUGCGGGACCAGGACGAGUAUUCGUUCCAAGAUGAACAAGACAAGCCUCUCCCCGUGCCCAGCAACCAGUGCUGCAACUGGAAUUAUUUUGGCUGGGGUGAGCAGCAGAAUGAUGACCCUGACAGUGCUGUGGAUGAUCGGGACAGUGACUACCGCAGCGAGACAAGCAACAGCAUCCCGCCACCCUAUUACACGACAUCCCAGCCCAAUGCCUCGGUCCACCAGUAUUCUGUCCGCCCACCGCCCCUGGGGUCCCGGGAAUCCUACAGUGAUUCCAUGCACAGUUACGAGGAGUUCUCUGAGCCGCGGGCCCUCAGCCCCACGGGCAGCAGCCACUACGCCUCCUCCGGGGAGCUGAGCCAGGGCAGCUCGCAGCUGAGCGAGGACUUCGAGCCGGAUGAGCAGAGCCUGCAGGGCUCCGAGCUGGAGGACGAGCGGGACCGCGACUCCUACCACUCCUGCCACAGCUCGGUCAGCUACCACAAGGACUCGCCGCGCUGGGACCAGGACGAGGAAGAGCUGGAGGAGGAGCUGGAGGAGGAGCUGGAGGACUUCCUGGAGGAGGAGGAGGAGCUGCCUGAGGAUGAGGAGGAGUUGGAGGAGGAGGAGGAGGUGCCCGACGACAUCGGUGGCUAUGCCCAGCGUGAGGAGGUGGCUGUGGCUGAGCCCAAAGACUUCAAGCGUGUCAGCCUCCCACCGGCCGCCCCCAAGAAGGAGGACAAGGCCCUGGCUGUUCCUGCUGAGGGCCCUGACAUGGCCAAGGCAGCCCCUGAGUCAGCUGUGUCCAAGGAGGGGCCUACAGCUGAGCGGGCGCCAGAACCUGAGCCCCCCAAGGCUGAGGAGAGUUUCAGGCCACGAGAGGAUGAGGAAGGCCAGGAAGGUCAGGACUCCAUGUCCAGGGCCAAGGCCAACUGGCUGCGAGCCUUCAACAAAGUGCGGCUGCAGCUGCAGGAGGCCCGGGGAGAAGGAGAGAUGUCCAAAUCGUUGUGGUUCAAGGGCGGCCCUGGCGGUGGUCUCAUCAUCAUUGACAGCAUGCCGGACAUCCGCAAGAGGAAGCCCAUCCCCCUCGUGAGUGAUCUGGCCAUGUCCCUGGUCCAGUCCAGAAAAGCAGGCAUCACCUCCGCCUUGGCCUCCAGCACUUUGAACAACGAGGAGCUGAAAAACCACGUUUACAAGAAGACCCUGCAAGCCUUAAUCUACCCCAUCUCAUGCACGACGCCGCACAACUUCGAGGUGUGGACGGCCACCACGCCCACCUACUGCUACGAGUGUGAGGGGCUGCUGUGGGGCAUCGCGCGGCAGGGCAUGCGCUGCACCGAGUGCGGCGUCAAGUGCCACGAGAAGUGCCAGGACCUGCUCAACGCAGACUGCUUGCAGCGGGCGGCGGAGAAGAGCUCCAAGCACGGGGCGGAGGACCGGACGCAGAACAUCAUCAUGGUGCUCAAGGACCGCAUGAAGAUCCGGGAGCGCAACAAGCCCGAGAUCUUCGAGCUCAUCCAGGAGAUCUUCGCGGUGACCAAGACCACGCACACGCAGCAGAUGAAGGCGGUCAAGCAGAGCGUGCUGGACGGCACGUCCAAGUGGUCGGCCAAAAUCAGCAUCACCGUGGUCUGUGCCCAGGGCUUGCAGGCAAAGGACAAGACGGGAUCCAGUGACCCCUAUGUCACCGUCCAGGUGGGGAAGACCAAGAAACGGACAAAGACCAUCUAUGGGAACCUGAACCCCGUGUGGGAGGAGAACUUCCACUUUGAAUGUCACAACUCCUCUGACCGAAUCAAGGUGCGCGUUUGGGAUGAGGAUGAUGACAUCAAAUCCCGAGUGAAGCAGCGGUUCAAGAGGGAAUCUGACGACUUCCUGGGGCAGACCAUCAUCGAGGUGCGGACACUCAGCGGCGAGAUGGACGUGUGGUACAACCUGGACAAGCGGACUGACAAAUCCGCUGUGUCGGGUGCCAUCCGGCUACACAUCAGUGUGGAGAUCAAAGGCGAGGAGAAGGUGGCCCCCUACCAUGUCCAGUACACCUGUCUUCAUGAGAACCUGUUCCACUUCGUGACGGACGUGCAGAACAAUGGAGUCGUGAAGAUCCCAGAUGCCAAGGGCGACGACGCCUGGAAGGUUUACUACGAUGAGACAGCCCAGGAGAUUGUGGAUGAGUUUGCCAUGCGCUAUGGCGUCGAGUCCAUCUAUCAAGCCAUGACCCACUUUGCCUGCCUCUCCUCCAAGUACAUGUGCCCCGGGGUGCCUGCCGUCAUGAGCACCCUGCUCGCCAACAUCAAUGCCUACUACGCGCACACCACCGCCUCCACCAAUGUGUCUGCCUCAGACCGCUUCGCUGCCUCCAACUUCGGGAAAGAGCGCUUUGUCAAACUCCUGGACCAGCUGCAUAACUCCCUGCGGAUCGACCUCUCCAUGUACCGGAAUAACUUCCCAGCCAGCAGCCCGGAGAGACUCCAGGACCUCAAAUCCACUGUGGACCUCCUCACCAGCAUCACCUUCUUUCGGAUGAAGGUGCAAGAGCUCCAGAGCCCUCCCCGCGCCAGCCAGGUGGUGAAGGACUGUGUGAAAGCCUGCCUCAACUCCACUUACGAGUACAUCUUCAACAACUGUCACGAGCUGUACAGUCGGGAGUACCAGACAGACCCGGCCAAGAAAGGGGAAGUUCCCCCAGAGGAGCAGGGCCCCAGCAUCAAGAACCUCGACUUCUGGUCCAAGCUGAUCACUCUCAUAGUGUCCAUCAUUGAGGAAGACAAGAAUUCCUACACUCCCUGCCUCAACCAGUUUCCCCAGGAGUUGAACGUGGGUAAAAUCAGUGCGGAAGUGAUGUGGAACCUGUUUGCCCAGGACAUGAAGUACGCCAUGGAGGAGCACGACAAGCAUCGUCUGUGCAAGAGCGCCGACUACAUGAACCUCCACUUCAAGGUCAAGUGGCUCUACAAUGAGUACGUGGCGGAGCUUCCUGCCUUCAAGGACCGCGUGCCUGAGUACCCCGCGUGGUUUGAGCCCUUCGUCAUCCAGUGGCUGGAUGAGAAUGAGGAGGUGUCCCGGGAUUUCCUGCACGGGGCUCUGGAGCGAGACAAGAAGGAUGGGUUCCAGCAGACCUCGGAGCACGCCCUGUUCUCCUGCUCUGUGGUGGACGUCUUCUCCCAGCUCAACCAGAGCUUCGAGAUCAUCAAGAAGCUCGAGUGCCCCGACCCCCAGAUCGUGGGGCACUACAUGAGGCGCUUUGCCAAGACCAUCAGCAACGUGCUCCUCCAGUAUGCAGACAUCAUCUCCAAGGACUUCGCCUCCUACUGCUCCAAGGAGAAAGAGAAAGUGCCCUGCAUCCUCAUGAACAACACUCAGCAGCUGCGAGUUCAGCUGGAGAAGAUGUUCGAAGCCAUGGGAGGGAAGGAGCUGGAUGCCGAGGCCAGUGACAUCUUGAAGGAGCUCCAGGUGAAACUCAACAACGUCUUGGAUGAGCUCAGCCGGGUGUUUGCUACCAGCUUCCAGCCACACAUCGAGGAGUGUGUCAAGCAGAUGGGUGACAUCCUUAGCCAGGUGAAGGGCACAGGCAAUGUGCCAGCCAGUGCCUGCAGCAGCGUGGCCCAGGACGCCGACAACGUGCUGCAACCCAUCAUGGACCUGCUGGACAGCAACCUGACUCUCUUUGCCAAAAUCUGUGAGAAGACGGUGCUGAAGCGGGUGCUGAAGGAGUUAUGGAAGCUGGUCAUGAACACCAUGGAGAAGACCAUCGUCCUGCCGCCCCUCACUGAUCAGACGAUGAUCGGCACCCUCUUGAGAAAACAUGGCAAGGGAUUAGAAAAGGGCAGGGUGAGACUGCCAAGCCACUCAGAUGGAACCCAGAUGAUCUUCAAUGCGGCCAAGGAGCUGGGCCAGCUGUCUAAACUCAAGGACCACAUGGUACGAGAAGAAGCCAAGAGCUUGACCCCGAAGCAGUGUGCAGUCGUUGAGCUGGCCCUAGACACCAUCAAGCAAUACUUCCACGCGGGCGGCGUGGGCCUCAAGAAGACCUUCCUGGAGAAGAGCCCGGACCUUCAGUCGCUGCGCUACGCCCUGUCCCUCUACACGCAGGCCACCGACCUGCUCAUCAAGACCUUCGUGCAGACGCAGGCGGCCCAGGUCCAUGGUGGAAAAGGGACUAGGUUUACCCUUAGUGAAGACAUUUAUCCUGAGAAGGGCUCAGGUGUGGAAGACCCUGUGGGUGAAGUGUCCGUCCACGUUGAGCUCUUCACUCACCCAGGAACUGGGGAACACAAGGUGACAGUGAAAGUGGUGGCUGCCAAUGACCUCAAGUGGCAGACUUCCGGCAUUUUCCGGCCAUUCAUCGAGGUCAACAUCAUUGGGCCCCAGCUCAGUGACAAGAAACGCAAGUUUGCGACCAAAUCCAAGAACAACAGCUGGGCCCCCAAGUACAAUGAGAGCUUCCAGUUCACGCUGAGCGCCGACGCGGGCCCCGAGUGCUACGAGCUGCAGGUGUGCGUCAAGGACUACUGCUUCGCGCGCGAGGACCGCACCGUGGGGCUGGCCGUGCUGCAGCUGCGCGAGCUGGCCCAGCGCGGGAGCGCCGCCUGCUGGCUGCCGCUCGGCCGCCGCAUCCACAUGGACGACACCGGCCUCACGGUGCUGCGCAUCCUAUCGCAGCGCAGUAAUGACGAGGUGGCCAAAGAGUUCGUCAAGCUCAAGUCAGACACGCGCUCCGCCGAGGAGGGCGGUGCUGCGCCUGCGCCCUAGCGCGGGGCGUGCGGGGGCGGGCAGUACUGCGCCUGCGUGUAGCGCGCGGGGCGGGGCGGCGCCUGCGCGCUGGGAUCUCCCGGAGGCGGAGUCUCCGGGCUCUGCGCCGGGGGCGGGCUGCGCCUGCGCCCUUGACUUAGCUCCCCGCUCUGGGAAAUUGUGACCGGACGACGCCCCGCCCCCUCGGGAGGCCACGCCCCAGGACGGGAGGAAGGAAGAUGCCACAUCCCCUACUUGAGGCCGCGCCCCCGCCGCCUAGGGGGCUGUUCAAGUGGGAUGGGAGGAAGCCCCGUCCCCUAUGGAGGAGGCCAGGUCCCAGGGCUCUGGUGCCGGGAGGCCCCGCCUCCUGUCCCCCGGAAAAGCCAUAAGACGGGUCCCCAACCUCUGGGGCCCAAGACCAAUUGCCAAGUAUGGAACUGUUAGCUCCCUCGAGGGGCGGGCCCUGGGUCAGGGGCUGGGCUUCCUGGGGCGGUCUGGAGGCUGGAGACUCUAGCAUGCUGGGUGGACUGGAGUCACUUUUGAUGUUUGUGCAAAAAAUAAACGGGGAGAGUGGGGAGGAUGGGAUUUCAAAAGCACAUGCGCCCUUGGGCGCCCAAACCCUGGGGGCCGGGGGACGGCUCUUGAGCACCCGGCGCUGCCCCCACUUCCCUGUGGGGGUUUGCCUCCCCUUUUCCCCCCACAUACCCAGUUCUCUUAUCAUAGAGUUCAACCCACCCAUUUGACAGAUGGCAAAACUGAGGCCCCGAGAGCUGCUUGAGACUCGGCCGAGAGUUCCAGCGCCACGCCCUCUCCCUACUCUCUUUGGCCUGUGGGCCUGUGUUACCCAUGGAAGGGUGGGCUGAGAUCGGAUGACCCGACACAGCUCCCCAUUGCUGCUAACCUCCCUCCAGGGGACCUCCCCCAAUCGUUAUAAGGGAUGGGGGUCCUGGGCCAAGGCCCCCUCUGCCCCCUCCCACCUCUGGCUGCCAAGCAAAACUCCUGCCUUCAGCCCUUCCCACUGGGAGGGGCCCCGGGGGGGACACCCUAAGAACUCUUGACCUCUCGCCAACAAAGAGUGAGGCUUUGGGAUUCCCUGGACCCAGGCUCCCCCAACCCCUUCUUCCUCUCCCAGAAUUCCCCAGACAGAAAAGGGCAGAAAGAGACCAGAAUCUCUAAGGGGGUGUGUGUGUGUGUGUGUGUGUGUGUGUGUGUGUGUGUGUGUGUAAUUUGCUCGGAGCUUGGUCUCUAAAACCUCAUUCAUUCAUUCAAACUCGCAGGCCACAGGGUGCCUCCAGCUGGGGCCCCGAGCUGCCCAAAGCGCUUCCCGCAGCGGGCGUUGGGGCAUCUGCCCGGGGUCCGGCUUCCCCCCUUUACUCAGGCGGGGAGAACCUUUUGGGAAAGGUUGGCAGCGCUCGUCUUUGCCCAGGAUCUGCUUUUCGGCGUUGGACUCGUGUGCGUUUGCCGUGGAUUUUUCUGCCAGAUUGCUAAGUACAGGCUGGUGCUGGGCUAGGGAGAAGUUACAACAGAGGGAGGAGAUGCGUAGCGAGACUCCUGGAGUGCUGAAGACGACAUCAGACAGGGAAGGUGAGGGAGGGCUCUCCGUGGAGGUGGAAAAUGAGGGGGAACCACCCACUGAAGAGAAAUGAGCUCCAGGCAGAGGGAACAGCAGGUGCAAAGACCAGGAGGUGGGCAGGUUUGAAGCUUGGCAAGAAGGUCCCCACGGCUGGAGCUGAGCCAUUAAGGGGAGGGUGGGGGCGGUGAGGAUGGGGAGACCUGCAGAGAUAUCGACCUCGUGGGGCCUCCUAUGCUGCCCUGAGGAGUUUUGAUUUUACCUAAGAAGCAUGGGGAGCCCCAGGAGGGUUUAAAGCUGGGGAGAGCCUGCAUUUCAGGUUUCCAAAGCUUCCCCCAGCUACCUCAUCGGGAUUGGCCCAAUGCAGUGUAGGGGGAGGACAGAGUGCUCUCAGGACACCAAAAUUAAUUCUUGGAAGGAUUUUUGGAGGAUAUAUUAAAAACAAACAACAAACCCUGCCCUUAGAUGAGCCUGAGGACUGCUGGGUACAGUUGUCCCAGUUGUGCACUGCCCAAGGAUUCGGUGUCUCUACAGAAGCCAUGUGCAAAUUCCAGGCAUUGAGAGUUGUAUGUUUAUGGUGAUGGUUUCCUGGCAUGGAGACAUGAAGGUUCUGGAAGAAGUGGCACUGUUUUCUCAUUUACCUGGAGCGCUAGGUGUACCCUAAAUUCAGGCAGGUUCAGGUGACUGGAGGUUCUGAACCAGAGAUUAGGACGCAAAUUCUCACACAGGACGGUAGGAGAGGGGGGUUCCAGCCAGGGGGAAGGGGCAGGCUAGGCAGUGGCGAGGGGGGCUUGGAGUCUGUCACCAAGGGGACCAAGAGGCAGAUUUGAAAUUUGAACCAUCUAAGAGGUGGGAGUGGGAGUGACGGAGGUGGAUGACUUGGGGCGGAGAACACUAAGAACACCCAGAGGGAGGCGACCUGUGAUCUGGGCUGGGCCCUCACAGAUUUCUGAAUGACUCGCAGGAAAAAGGGGCGCUGAGCUGCCAGGUAUUUCCCAAAAGCUUCCUUGGCAAUGUCUCUGGUCAAGGCCUGUGUGCGCACACGUGUGUGUGUGUGUGUGUGUGCGCAUGUGUGUGUGUAGUGUUCCCCAGCACUGGUCCGGGCACAUAGAGGGAGCCUCAGGGAGUAUUUUUUGAAUGACUUUUUCUGACUCCCAGGCUAGAACUGUUUUGGAAAUUUCUUCCCUCUUCUUUCCCCAGAGAACUCCUACUCAUCCCUCAAAACUCAUCCACAAAUAUCCCUUCCAGUAGGAAACCCUCUCUGCUCCCCCUCAGGACUUCCCCAGCCUCUAUCCAUCUUCCUCUGUCUGUCUGUUCCCAAGCCUCUGUCCUCACCUUCUGUCCCUGAUGCCAUGGGGCCAGGGGGGUCUGUGACAAGCUGUUUCCCCCCAGAUGGGAGUCUGAGGCCUCUCAAGAGCCCCAAGUUCACCCAGCUCAGGCUGGGCACAGGGGGAUGGGAGGCUUGGAUUAUGUCUUGGGUGGGGGUCUGUGUGUGUCCACAUCCACAUGUGUGUCUGUCCCUGUCUGUCUGUGCCAACCUUCCUUUCCCACACAGACAUGGACACACAGGAGGUGUUCAAGCCAGACUGUGGCUCAGCCACAGGACACAGAGUAAGAGAGGAUGAGAGAGGACGGGAGGAGCCAGGAGAGGAAUCCCGGGGGCUGGAAGCAUUUGAAAUCAGGAAGUUCCUGUCCUGGAACUGAGCCCAGAGGAGCAGGCUUUCCCUCAGGCCACCCAGCAAGCGGACGCCUCGGAGGACACCUCCGGGCUUUCACCACCUCACCUGCAGUGCGUGGGGUUCUCCGGUGGGGCCUCAGGGUUGCACACGAGGAGCUGGCCCCAGAUUUCCUUGGGUCAGGGGAGGGGUGAAGUUGGGUCAGCCCCGGACGAGGUGGACGAGGUGACGUUAGGGACGUCUUGGGCAGAGACACAGAGGAAGGACACAGAGAGAAGGCGAGAAAUCGAGAGGGGGAGCUCACACCCUGCUGGGGGCAGAGAGCAGAGGAGAAGCAGCACUGAGGAGGGAGGAGGCAGAGGGACUGCUGCUCUCUGGCUCUCACCAGGCCCGCCUCGGAGGGUUUACCUAAAAAGAUGAGUGUCCACUGCGCCCGCAGCCCUCGGACCAUCGGGCCCCAGAGCCUGGAACCUCACCGUGCCCCCAUCAGAGAUGCAAAAAACUUCACACCCAACGAGAAAUCCUUGGGACCUCUCUCUGCUGGGACCUCAGAGCCUUUCUGUCCCCAUCCCAUGCUGUCCAUUUUGCAGAUGGGGACACUGAGGGGCGGAGCAGAGUGGGGACAGCCCGGAGGCACCUCCAACUCUGCUGCCCGGGUGGAGAGGGAGGGAGCCCCCGGGGCUUGGUCCACAUCACGAGCCCAUCUGCCCCCUGCACCCCCUUUCCCAGGAAUUGUCAAGGACCAAAGUCGUCUUCGCUGACACGUGUUGCUUUUCUCUUUGCCUUUUAUUUUCUUAAAGAGAGAAAUCAAGUUGACGGUGUCAAGUAAGACCUCCCAUCUCCCGCCCCCGCCCAGCCACAGUGGCUCUCUCGAGGCACAGGCCAAAGGUGGAGGGUCCCCUGUGCAUCCCCGGCCACACCGCCAGGGGGACUCGGACCCCACCCCUGGCCCUAGCCCCGUCCCCCCUCCCCCCAGACCCCCAAAGCCGGCGCACAGUCCAGGGAGGUGCUUCCCCACACACCUCUUAGCAUGUGAUUGCAACUGUGAACUCCAACGCUGUUCGUUUUAAUUCCAUCCCGUCGGUCCGGCGUCUGCACAGAUGCCCCAUUUCUCUGUAAAUAUGUGACUUGGAACAAAUGUUUAAAACCAACGAGAAGUGGUCAUGAAUGCAUGGUGUUGAGAUGUUUUGCACUAUUCUGACUUUUUGGUCUCUGUAAAAAUAUUUUAUUAACAGCAAACAUUAAAAAAAGACAAGCACACAA